AUGGAACGGGGAGUGGAAUCGCUUAGCGACGAGCAUGCGACUCCACCUUUGGAAGGGGACGCCAGUGCGACGCCCCGCGACGCCCCCCCACAGAGAGAUGUCAUGCGCAAGGCGGACCUGAUCCGGAAGAACAUGGUGCAGAGCGUGCGCAACGAGCGCAACAUCCUGGCGGCGGCGCGCAACCCCUUUGUCAUCCGCUUCCACACCUCCUUCACCUCCCACGCCAAUCUCUACCUGGUCAUGGAGUACGCGGCGGGGGGCGACCUCUUCUCCCUCCUCCGCGCGCUCGGCGGGUUGAGCGAGGGUGUGGCGCGGCAGUACGCCGCGGAGACGGUGCUGGCGCUGGAGUACUGCCACGCGCAGGGCAUCAUUCACCGCGACCUCAAGCCCGACAACCUGCUCAUCGCCGCGGACGGCCACAUCAAGCUCGCCGACUUUGGCCUGUCCUGCUUCGGCGUGAUCGACCGCACCGACCCCCACCCCCGUGUCCCCGACAUGGAUCGAGACGCCUCGGGCGGCACGGAGGCCGGGUCCGGGUUGGGGUCGGGGGCGUGGCGCGUGCAGGACGCGCCGCACGUGGUGGCCGGCGCCGAGGAGGGUGGCCGCGCGGUGGGCACGCCAGACUACCUGGCCCCGGAGCUGCUGCUGGGCACGGGGCACGGCGCGGAGGUGGACUGGUGGAGCUUGGGCGUCAUCCUGUACGAGAUGGUGGUGGGGCGGCCGCCCUUUGCCGCCAACACGCCCGAGGCCAUCUUCCAGAACCCCUGGGCGGACGUCGGAGGACCCGUUUGCGGAGUUUGA